AUGGUCAUAACGCCUCAUGUUUUAUGUGUUUUAUUGGUAUUGAUGCCUAUAAAAGGACAUUAUUUAUCCGGUUUAGCUCCUGUAAACUACUGCAAAGCUGGUGCAGAGAGCGAAAAAUGCAAAAAAGAAAUUCCGCUCUAUGUAAAUAGACUGAACUCAGAAGAAUCAUUUAUACCAUUUGAAUAUCAUCAUUUUGACUUUUGUUUAUCAAAUGAUACACAGUUGCCAGUGGAGAACCUUGGUCAUGUAGGAUUUGGAGAACAAAUUCAGCCAAGCCCAUACAAAAUAAAUUUCCUUGAAAAUGUUAGUUGUCAAACUGUUUGCACGAAGUCGUACAAGGGUUCAGAUACAGAAUCAAAAAAGAAGCUUAAUCUUUUGAAAAAUGGUAUGACUCUAUUCUACCAACAUCACUGGAUUAUUGAUAAUAUGCCUACCGUAUGGUGCUAUUUAGUAAAUGAAGGUAGCAAGUCAUAUUGUAGUACUGGAUUUCCCAUGGGAUGUCAAAUAAGAAUGAAUUUUGAUACAUGCACUCCAAUAGUCAACACAUCACCCAGUCAAGUUGGUACAUAUUUUCUGUUUAAUCAUGUUGACAUUAAUAUUAUCUAUCACAGUGGUGGGUCAGAAGAAUGGGGUGUUGCUUUUGGAGAUAACGGGGGUAGAAUUAUAUCUGUUAAGGUUAAGCCAGCUAGUAUCAACCACCAAAACCCACAGAAACCAGAUUGCAGUGUCAGAAAACUUCUAAAAAUCCCCAACUAUUUAGCUACAGAUGAAACAUUUAAUAUAGUCUACACAUACAAUUUUGGUUUAAAAUGUGGCAAAAAGUCUUUCUCACCACCUCCGCCGCCAAGACCAGAUCCAUUCUGGUUAUCAUCAGGCCGUCGUGGUCUUUUUUUGGAGGUGGGCGGGCUAUCCACGCCCUCCUCCAUUUUUACUGAUAACACUCUACAUAAAUAA